GCUCCGCCAUCUUUGUCGGCUGCCUCCAUUGUUCAUUCAGGAGCUAACAGCGGCGCUAAAAAACCAGUUCACACUUUGCAUUAAACUAUCUCGACGGUGUCGCCGGUAGCUUGCCCGCGAACAGUCGUGGAUUUGCUCUCAGGGUUGCGUCUUGUUUUCGGCCAGCGAGUGGAGCAAAAUGGACGAUGACCAGCCCAAAACCCUGUAUGUGGGAAAUCUGUCCCGAGACGUGACGGAGGCUCUCAUCCUGGAGCUGUUUGGCCAGAUCGGACCCUGCAAAAGCUGUAAAAUGAUAGUAGAUACAGCAGGACAUGAUCCGUACUGCUUUGUGGAGUUCUAUGAACAUAGACAUGCCACUGCCACAAUAGCAGCCAUGAACGGUCGGAAAAUACUGGGUAAGGAGGUAAAGGUCAACUGGGCCACGACGCCAACCAGCCAAAAGAAAGACACAAGCAGUCACUUCCACGUCUUUGUCGGAGACCUAAGUCCUGAAAUCACCACAGACGACAUAAAGGCAGCGUUUGCUCCGUUUGGGAAAAUAUCGGAUUGUCGAGUGGUGAAAGACAUGGCCACAGGUAAAUCUAAAGGCUAUGGCUUUGUCUCCUUCUUCAACAAAUGGGAUGCAGAAAACGCCAUUCAGCAGAUGGGGGGUCAGUGGUUGGGGGGACGGCAGAUCAGGACCAACUGGGCCACCAGGAAGCCGGCGCCUAAAACCACAAACGAAACGCCUAGUACCAAACAGCUAUCGUUUGACGAGGUGGUGAACCAGUCCAGUCCCAGCAACUGCACCGUCUACUGUGGAGGAGUCACGACGGGCCUCACUGAGCAAAUUAUGAGACAGACCUUCUCGCCUUUCGGCCAAAUCAUGGAAAUCCGUGUUUUCCCGGAGAAAGGCUACUCGUUCGUGAGGUUCAACUCCCACGAGGCAGCGGCUCACGCCAUCGUUUCGGUCAACGGCACGGCCAUCGAGGGCUACGUCGUCAAGUGCUACUGGGGCAAAGAGACGACGGACAUGGUCCAGGGCCCCAUACAGCAAGUACAGAUGGCACAGCAGAACACGGUGAGCUUCGCGGCGCAGCCCUACAACCAGUGGGGGCAGUGGUACAGCAACACGCAGCAGAUCGGCCAGUACGUUCCCAACGGGUGGCAGGUGCCGAGCUACGGCGUCUACGGACAAACCUGGGAUCAGCAGGGCUACAAUCAGUUACACGCUGGAGCUGGAUGGACGGGCGUCGGCGCCGUGAGUAACGGCGGGAUGGUGGAGCCCGGGCAGGGAGUCAACGGGACGGUGCUAACCAACCAGGCCGGCAUGAGCACCGCCGGCUACCACACCCACUGAUCCCCCCCGGUCACCGGUCACCAGUAGCCCUCCCUCCCUCCCUCCCCCUCUCUCUCUUUAUCUAUCUAUCUAUCUCUAUCUAUCUAUCUCUGAGCCUCCGAGGCCACAAGGAUGAUGCUCCACCGGGGAAGAGAGUGCGUUAGACGCGCUCUGUCUGUCACCUCCACAAAGAUUAGUGUAGCUGGUACGCCAUUUUAUCAACCCUACCAGCCCCCUCCCUCCCCCAUCCUCCUCCCCCCCAAAAAACAAAACAAAACAAAACUCCUCACCCACUGCCCAGAUUCGCAAGUGUAAAGACAAACCAUCCACACUUUAAAACACACUGUUAAACGCUGAGGCACUUUGCAUUCGGUAAAAAAAAAUAAAAAAAGUGUCAAAAAUACUUCCAACACAGCCACAGUUUUGUUUCAAAGUCCGAUGAAUUUAAAAGCGUAUUAAAAUAUCAUCUUUUUGUUUUUUUUAGCUCCUCAGAGCCAAAGAGCAAGGGCCGACGUUUUUUUUUUUUUUUUUUUUUUUUUUUUAUACCGGUUAUUUAAGGAUCAUGACGCAGGGAGAAGAGGCUACGAACUCUGGCCACAUAAAAAUAUAAAAAAAUAAAAUAAAAGCACUCAAUAGUCCACAGUAUUGCAGCGCAGCCACGAAGACGUGUAUCGGGUCAACGGAGGUUUUUAUUUUUGUCUCAGUCGGAAGCCGAAAAGCGGGAAAAAAAAUAAAAUAAUAAUAAUAAUAAACGCGAGGCCGGGCGAGCUCUCAGGGUGUUGUUGAGUCAUUCUGUGAAACGUAGGAAAACACUGAGUAGUAGAAGAAGAAGUCGGCAGUUUUGAGGGGAAAGUGGAUCCAAUAAAAAAUAAAUACAUAAUAAUAAUAAUAAUAAGUAAAAAUUUCAGCUCUCCUUCACCUCAUCUCCAGGAUCGGACUGAACGGACGUGAAUCCCGUCUGUGGAUAAAGAAAUAUGUGUGUUUGCUUACGUGUGUGCAUGGACUGAUGCUUUUACACACAAGACAGUGUCCAGGUCAUCUUCCCCUGAAACACAAAGGACUAUGCCAUGUUUAUUUCCUUUUUUUUUUUUUUUUUUGCAACAAAUAUAACAAAUAUAAUAGUGUCCUUUCUUUUUUUUUUUUUUUUUUUUUUGUUUUUUCUGAGCAUCUUUAAAAUGCCGACAUUGUAUAAAGAGCUUUUGCCUUUUUUUUUUUUUUUGUGUUUAAUUUCGGGACUGUUUUCAUAAAGAAGUGUUGAGAAGACACACAAUGAAAUCAUGUGAGACAUUUUAUGUUCAUAAAAAAAAAAAAGAAAAAGUGGCUGUCAACUGUCAACUUUAUUUUUUAAAUUAAAAUAUCUCAAAUAAAAACCAAUUGCAGGGAUUACUGCCACUCUUAUUGUACUUACAGGCAGACAAAUGUUGCACAAAUAACUAGGGGUCUCUUUGUUUUCUUUUUUUUUUUGUUUUAAUGUUUUUUGCAUUCCAGUUUGUGAUUUCAUUUGGAAAGUCUGUUUCAUGUAAAUAACCAAGUCACAGACGGUCUGUUCAAUUGUAGUGAAUCUGUAUAAAGACGACAUGUUAAUUAAGGAAGCGUGCUUGCUCCUGGUUGGGUUUGUGGUGGGGUUGGGGUUGGGGUUUGGGUUUGGGUUUGGGACGGGGGGGGGUCUAGAUACCGUAGAGACAGUGCAGCAUUUUGUUUCAGAUCCUUGGCGAACGCCUUUAGAUUGACUGAAGAGUACUUCCUAAUUUAUUCAGUUUUAGACCUACUUAACAGUCGUUUUUAUAGAUUAAGAAACGGCCUCGCAAGGAUCCGAUUUUUUUUUUUUUUUUUUUUUUUUUUGCACUGCGGCCUCCACUAAGUAAUCAUUGAGAAAUUCAUCAUGUUGCCUUAUUAUCAGUGAAUUACCUUUUAUCCUUUAUUUUUUAAUUUAACCAAAAAUCAUCUGAGAGAAGGCAGUGCCUGGGAAUGUUUUCAGCCUGUGUUAAAGGCAAGGGAAGUUCUGUUGAUGCUUCAGUACCAUGGUCUAUGUUUAUUCUUUUGUUUUUUUUUUUUUGCUUUGUCCCAUUAAAAUGCUGAUUGCUUAAAAAAAAAA